AUGGCCCGAGACCGCACCCGAGGGCCCACCCGGAUUUGCCCGGAGCUUUGCUCGGAGCUGCACGGUAAGAUCGACACGGUGGACGAGGAGAGAUACGACAUCGAGGCCAAAGUCACGCUCAACACCAGAGAGAUCAAGGACCUGAACAUCAGAGUGAUGGACCUGAGGGGGAAGUUCAAGCGGCCGACCCUGCGGAGGGUGCGGGUGUCUGCGGACGCCAUCCUGCGCUCCCUGCUGGGCUCCAAACACAAGGUCUCCAUGGACCUGCGCGCCAACCUCAAGUCCGUCAAGAAGGAGGACACAGAAAAGGAAAAGACAGAGGUGAGCGACUGGAGGAAGAACGUGGAGGCCAUGUCAGGAAUGGAGGGCCGCAAAAAGAUGUUCGAUGCUGCCAAAGGAGCUGCACAGUAAACAGGCAUGUUGGAUUGCAAAAUCAAAAGGCACCAGGAGGGGAGGAAACAAGGACAUCUUCAGUAUUACUCUCACACAUGCACACACUCAUUAAUCCAUGAUUUAACACUACCGUCUGUGAUCACUGAUCACACUACGUAUUCAGCAGACAACUGUCCCAUGAACUUCAGCGGCCAAUAAAACGACUAUAGUAACUUCCAGAUGUUAACAGAAAUUUAAUUUAACUGUAAUUUUACUUGUUGGACUGGGACCCAGUUGGACGUAUCUGUGAUACCUAAAAAUAAGAAGCGUCUUGUGACAUUACACAAAACACUGAAUAAAAGCAUAUUCAAAUACA